AUGGACAAGUUCUUGCUGCUGGCAGUAGGUACUGAGGGAGUUAAGCUCUGGAACCUCAAAACUCAGAAGGAGCUGACUUUGGUGACCUACUUGGAGUCCCAUGGCAUUAUAAGUUGCGCUAUUUGGAUGAAAGUGAAGCAAGCACCUGCUGAAACUCUGUGCCAUGGCACUGGUAUGGGAUACCUCAUAUUCAUGAGAUCCAACACUCUUGAUAAGCACUUUCAGGAGAUUUGUGCCAGGCAGCUAGGCUCAGGACCUGAAAUUACCUGUGUUGCAUGGGAUAUAACCCAAGACAAUAUUGUUCAGUACUGUUCCAAAGUCUAUUGCCUUUGGCAAGAAUGGAAGCAUCUAUGUCUUGGCUUGUAUGAUGGAAAUGUAUCUGCUGCUGUCCAUUUGAAAAAGGGGCUAUUCAUGAUCAACAAUGCAAUGAAUGGGUUUACUAUGUAUCAUCUGGAUGGUGCACAGUCCAUCAGAACAUUCCUGACUGACCUGCCACCUAGUUUAGCCAUUCCAAAACAAGUGGGAUUUGGAGAAGAGGCCAGAGUUGUUAUUGGGGGUAGUGAUAGUGGAUGUGUAUACAUAUUUGACAGGAAAACAGUACUCUCAUACAAACCAUUGUGGUGCAAGAUAUCAGUGGAUGUUGCAUUAUUUGUAUGGGAUCACAUGUAUAACUCAUGGAAAGCUCCUGACUCCAAGCCUUGGACAAUUAUACCAAUGUUACAGGGCCUGACUGGCAUUAUCAUUGAACAGAUUGAACUGGGCAUGUGGAUGAUGGACCAUCUGUGCUGGCCAAAUCAAAUCAGUGAGGUCAAGCAAAUUAUUGGGGAUGUACAAGCCAGACACAGUGCAACUGGGACUGCCAGCAUGAGUGGGAGUGAUGGAGUCAUCACUGGGAGCCAGAGGAGGCUUGAACAUUGGAAGGAGGACUAUGCUGGAGAAUCAGUGAUCUACUAA